ACACUGACGUGUACCCACAAAAAACAUGUUCAACAAAAACCCAAUAAUCAAGAUUAUUUUUACAAUAUUGUUAGGUUUAACUUGUUUAAUUGGAGACAGAUUGAGUGACAACCUAACACAUGCAGUAAUUCGAGCAAUUGUCGACAAUGUGACACAUGCAUUAAUUGCCGGUCUGUCAUGGAUUAUCGUAACUCUUUUACUGAAUCACUCAGUAAUGAGGAAUUUGCUAGAAAUUACUUCAUGUGCAUUGAUGUCAUCGCUCAUCGAUGUAGAUCAUUUUAUCCAAGCAAAGAGCUGGAAGUUAUCUGACGCAACUCGAUUGAGCAAACGAGCGUUUUUACACUCGACAACAGUUCCAAUACUACUUUGGACUUUAAUGCUGUUGACAUCGAAAGUUUCGACUAAUGAAAAAAUGGAGCACUACAGUUGGAUUAUUUUAAUGAGCUUCUUGAGUCAUCAUAUCAGAGAUGCAACGAGACGGGGGCUGUGGUUCGCUCCUUUUGGCUCAACCAGACCAAUUCCUUACUACGUCUAUAACAUUGCAAUAAUAAUCCUGCCUUAUAUUUUUUAUUACCUCAUGACCCACAAAAUAUUCACGAGAAAAAUCCCUGAUUACACUCUUUACCAGAGAGAAACCGUUGACUCUGUAUAAAACCGAUAAUGAGCUAUUAC